UUCCUCAUUACUUUUAUCAGUCCAAACCUCUGCAUAAAAAUAUGUAUAAACUCAAGAUUAUAGACCAAAGGGUACAGAACAGGCAUGCAAGCAUGAUCAGGAACGAUCAAAUUCAAAUUUCUAAUCCAAUUUUGAACAACAUCAGUGUGAAUUCCCAAGCUUUAGAGUCUAGAGAUGGCUUGAAAUCUACUCGAAAUCAGAUCUAUUCUUCCCUUAUGAAUGCUAAAAAUGAGUCCUUUCUGGCAUUCCCAGGAAAAGGCGAGUACAACAUUGAGCAAAGAUUGAAAGGAAUUGAAGAAAAGCUUCAAAAUGCGAGCAGAAGACACUUAAAGAAUUUAGUAAGCAAGCAGGUAAUCUCGGUGGGCCAUCUCUAGGCGAUCAGUAGGAUUACUAGUGACUACAGUAAAUUAUUAAGCAUGGAUCCUUCCCAAUAUCAGAAGAAAAUUGAGCACGAAAGGUUGAAAAGAGCUCUUGACUCACAGAAAAGUAGACAAAAGCAGAUGAAGCAUUUUGAGGAAGAAAAAUGUCGUAAAAUACAGGAACUCCGAGAUCAUAAGAAUGAGCAAUUUAGGUUAAGAAAAGAAAGGAUUAUGAACAAUAAGAUAAUGCAGAUGCGCAGACUCAGAAAUUUGAGCCAGAUUAUCAGCAAGAAGCAAAAAUAAUGCAAGUAUUCAUCGGAAUUCUUCCGAUUUUAUUGUCAAUAAAAAGAAGAGAGAUGCACUCCGCACACAAAGGUUUCAAAGGAAUUUACAAAUUGAGAAACAGAAGCAAAUGGAUCUUAAAAUGAGAGUUCUUGAGAAAGAAAAACUUGGUGAGUACAGGGUAGCUAAGACUAAACACAACCAAGCUAAGGCAAAGAAAGCUCUUGAAGAGCUCCUUAGGAUGAAAAAUAUCGAUCAAACCCACUCCAGUUCACUAGUCGGGAUGCUUGAAAGAAGCAGACAUAUGAGGCAUAGGUCAAUGCAGCACGUAGAGUCCUCAUCCUAGACUU